CAAAACUCAACCUCAGAUUUUUAUUCACUCCCGAAGAGAAUAGUCAAAAACCAACAGAAUCAUAUUUUUUUUUCCUCUCAUCUCGUGGAAAAAAUAUGUCUGAGUCGUCCAGCGACUCAAGCAGAUCUUUGAUCCCGAGCUUCCUCUACUCGUCCGAUCAUCAUCGUCUGUUUCAGUCGCGGGAGGAGCCAGCUACGACCAUGAUGGCUCGUCUCAAAUCACGACCCUCGGUUUUUCAGACUUCUUCAUCGGUCUCAUCUAACGGUCCCGCAAGUUUCGCCAUCGCGACGCCUAACGAGAAAGUGGAAAUGUACUCGCCGACGUAUUUCGCGGCGUGUACAGUCGCUGGGUUGUUAUGCUGCGGUAUCACGCACACGGCGAUCACACCACUCGAUGUCGUCAAAUGCAACAUGCAGAUUGAUCCAUUGAAGUACAAGACCAUUACUUCUGCUUUCAAGACAACAAUCAAAGAGCAAGGGCUCAAGGGUUUCACCAGAGGCUGGUCACCGACGCUUCUCGGUUACAGUGCCCAGGGAGCUUUUAAAUACGGUCUCUAUGAGUACUCCAAGAAAUACUACUCAGACAUCGUUGGACCAGAAUACGCAGCCAAAUACAAGACCUUGAUUUACCUAGCUGGCUCUGCCUCUGCGGAAAUCGUAGCUGAUGUGGCUCUCUGUCCAAUGGAAGCUGUCAAAGUCAGGGUCCAGACUCAGCCUGGUUUCGCCCGUGGUUUAUCUGAUGGUUUACCAAAGAUCAUCAGAUCAGAAGGCCUACGAGGGUUACACAAAGGACUUGUUCCUCUCUGGGGUCGCCAGAUUCCAUACACGAUGAUGAAAUUUGCUACUUUUGAAAACACUGUGGAGCUUAUUUACAAGAAAGUGAUGCCUACCCCAAAAGAGGAGUGCUCGAAGCCAGUUCAGCUUGGGGUUAGCUUCGCAGGUGGAUACAUUGCGGGUAUUUUCUGCGCCGUCAUAUCGCAUCCUGCAGAUAACUUAGUCUCAUUCCUCAAUAACUCUAAAGGAGCAACCGUUGCUGAUGCAGUGAAAAAGCUAGGAUUAUGGGGUAUGUUUACACGUGGCCUUCCUCUUCGCAUCUUCAUGAUAGGAACACUCACUGGAGCGCAGUGGGUUAUCUAUGAUGCUGUCAAAGUUUUAGCUGGAUUGCCAACCACUGGUGGUGCUUCUCCAGCUACUGCACUUGCUCCAUCUGUAAGUGCAUAAAAUUACAAGGACACAUUCCUCGUAUCGCCACCGUUACAUUAGAGCAAUAAAAGGGAAACACAACUCCAUAUUAUUAUUCUUAUAUUUUGUUUUCUAGCUAUAUAUUGUGUAGUAUAGUACAAAAAUGGUCGGACGUGCUAAACAAGCUUUUCUUGUUGUUUAUACUCAGUAUGAAUUGUGUCAUUGUCUGUUAGGUUUGAACUAUUUGAUAGUUCUUUCGUUACUUCGUAUCUGGAGAUAGUGAAAUCAGAUUCUUAUAA